UGUGAAAAUGGUUCUGAUCUUAUAUCCGCUGUUUAUGUUAUUCAACCUCUCUUCGUAGCUCCCGACCGACAGAAGUUAGUAGUGCUGCUGAAACUUCACGUCCCUGGACAAUAAGAUGAGACUUCCAUGGCGGGUCGUCACACCUCGAUCCUCGCCCCUAAGGAGAGCCUCCUCCUCGGCCCCGGCGGGACAGCUGGGUUUCGUGCCCCCCUGCAGCAGCGCUGAUGUCCGGUCCGUGGAGCUGCUGCAGGACUUCCUGUCCCGGUCGCGGCGCCUGUUCGUGGUGACCGGGGCGGGUCUGUCCACGGAGUCGGGGAUCCCCGACUACCGCUCGGAGGGGGUCGGCUUGUACGCCCGCACCGACAGGCGGCCCAUGCAGCACGCAGAGUUCGUCCGCAGCGGAAAGUCCCGCCAGCGGUACUGGGCCAGGAACUUUGUCGGCUGGCAGCAGUUUUCUGGGCACCAGCCGAACCGGGCGCACAGGGCGCUGCGGAGCUGGGAGGAGAGAGGAGAUCUGCACUGGCUGCUCACGCAGAACGUGGACGCGCUGCACUCCAAGGCUGGCAGCAGGAGGAUGACGGAGCUGCACGGCUGCACACACAGGGUGAUGUGCCUGGACUGUGGUGCCAUCACGGCACGGGAGGAUCUGCAGAGGCGCUUUGUGACACUUAACCCCAAAUGGGAGGCUCAGGCAGGAGCUGUGGCUCCAGACGGCGACGUCUUUCUAGAGGACGAGCAGGUGCUACAUUUCAGAGUCCCAUCCUGCGAGAACUGUGGUGGCGUACUGAAACCAGAGGUCACGUUUUUUGGAGACAAUGUCAACAAAGCGACUGUACAGUUUGUGCACGAAAGACUGGCAGAGUCAGAUGCCGUGCUGGUUGCUGGGUCGUCGUUACAGGUGUACUCCGGGUACAGGUUUUUACUGGCAGCGAGAGACAGGAAGAUGCCCAUCGCCAUACUGAACAUUGGGACCACCAGAGCAGACCACCUGGCUGAGCUGAAAGUGAUCGGCCGCUGUGGGGAAGUGCUGUCUCUCAUUCAGCCUCUCUGACGUUGUGGACGGUGUGUGAGAUCAGGGCUGCCCUGCAUGUUUUAGAUGCUGCCCUGCUUCAGCACACCGUGAUACAAGGAGUUGUCAUCAACAGAGAUAUACAGACCUUGAUGACAAGCUAAUGAGGACCAUUCAUUUGAAUCGGGUGUGUUGAUGCAAGGCAACAUCUAAAACAUGCAGGGAGUCCCGAGGACCGGAAUUGGAAACCCUUGUUUUAGAUAAUCUGCGCUCUACUGCCAAAACUACCUCAGACUCAGUGGAGCAGCGGUCUUGAUGCUGAGGUGAAAGGAGUGAGAACCAGCAGCGCUCCGGACGUACUCGCUCCUGUUAUCAGUGCAGGACUAAAUACAACACUCACUGCGUAACUGAUGGUUAUCUUUCAUUAAAAAAUUAAGAUAAAAGUUUGUAUCCAUCUACUCUGGACAGCAAAUAUUUACUUAUCUGGAAGGACAAACAAAGGUAGGGUUGUUGUCGUUGAGCUUUGUGGAGCUAAAAUCCGAAGACGUUGAGGAUGAAAGGUUUCAUCUUCCCAGACUGUUCAGUCGCAUCGUGAUACUGCUUUUAAGUUAAGAAAAAAGUUUAAACUGUACAAGAUAGUUGCAGGUCAGAAAGCUGCUUUGCAGAAGUAAUCUUUUGAAACAUUGUGAAUGUGUACACUGGGUUUAAAAGCAAUCAUAAAAUACUUGGAUCAAAUUAAAAGGGGAACAUGAAAGACUGAUAAGUCUCCAGUACUUCCAGUGCUGGAAAUUGCACAAAUUAUGUAUUCAGGUGGGUUUUUUUGGACAAUUAAAAGAUUGUUUCAUCAAUUUAUUCUCAGGAGAUAUUGUUUUAGUUGAUAUAUUGGCAAGAUUUACACAUUUGAAGUGAAAUUCUGUGUCUCUAUAUAAAGUAAAAAUGAUGGUGAAAGUUUUUGAGCAUCAAUCAUUCAAAAUCCUCUUACGUUUGGCGAAUCCAUGAACAGUUGAGGAAAAGAUGACCCGAUUUCUAAAAGAUUACAUUUUUCGGUUCAUGAUUGCGGAUAUCAAAGUGUUUAUCACGAUUGACAAGCUAAAAACCUAUUUUCAUCUUGAGCCGAUAAUACCAGAUAUAGUUUACCAAUAACUCAGUCACACAAAACAGCUGAUCACGUGUGCGCAGCUGUUAAAGGUGUUCCUGUCGUGUUCUGCACCCUCUCUCAUCCAGACGUUUGAUCAUUGGAACCAUGUUUAUAUUUUAACUUUAAGUGAGGAGGGUGACUGAAAUGUUUCCACAACAGUGUAACGCCAUCCUUAAGAAUAAUCAAGUACAGAGGAAAAACAUACAUGCAAGUAAUCGCAGACGUCCAAUAUUGAUCCAUAUUCCAUUGUAAAAAUUAUAUCGGCCUACAUAAUGAGGCGAGUGGGUACUCUGAUGUCGUGUAAUAAGAUGAAUCCGCCCACAUAUUCUGGACCAUUUUAUUUCAAUCACAAGCCUUUCCUAGCAUCACAAACAGACUGCAGGCAGAGUGACUGUGGACUGACUAAUGCAGAGAUCCUUCAGGACGUUUUGCUGCUCAAAUCUCUUUUGUAAACGAAGCUUCCAGUUCUCCAGCUUGCAGUUCGCCUCCUCCUGCAGACCAGCUGGGACGCUGAAGGAAUACAGAUGACAUAUGUGGCCUGCACACGUAGCUGAAGCUGCAAUCACCAGCAGGGGAGUCAUGGACAGACAGUUUUCAAAGCUUUCAGUCUGAUCAAACCAGUAGGUGACAGGGUAACCAAGUAAAAGACCGAACACCGUGCAAAGGUUCCACUCCUCGCAUUUCUCCCCAAGGCAAACAGGUUUGUCAGCACUAUCGAGUUGCAGAAGACUCUGUAAAUCUUGUAUCAUGCUCUUCACUUCUCUUCUUUGUAUAUCGAUGAUUAUGGGCUUCUCCAGCGAGUGGCAGACGUCGAUCACAGCCACACUGUCAUCACCAAGCACCUGCUUUAGAUUUGAUCUGACGGCACCCGCAUUAAUAACUAGACUGUUUCCAUUUAAAUCCAAUGUGAGAAGUGAUUCAGAUACGAGUCCGAGGGACUGCAGGGAGUUCAAAUACUCCUGCACUUGUACCGCGCAGGCACCGUUACUGUCGUACAGGAGAGCGGGUUUCAACCCCAGAUCGACGGCCGAGAUUUGAGCAGCAAGGUCCAGACUCUGCAGAGCAGAGAGCGAUUUUCUACCUGCACACAGACACUUACGAGCUGAAGCAACAAAGAGCUCCUGAGCGGACAUGGUUAAAUACGAUUAGGUUACAGGAUUAAAUUAGUCACAUGGAAAGUCCUUUGAAGGUGAGCUUUAACAAAAUAAAUAUGGGAUUCCAAGACAUUAUCUAAAUUUAAUUAUUGAUUUUCAGGUCAUUCACACAAAUGGAAAAAAAAAAGAAA